AUGUGCCAAGCUGACGAAUUACCUCCAACAAUGGCGCCCGAAGACCAAAGUCUGGUGAAGGAGCUUUUGGAAAAGGCCAAGGCCGAAGCGGGAGAAGGUGCCUCUCCUAUGCAGGUUUGGUCCAUUUUACAACACAAGCUCAAGCCGUCCAUGGCUAUGGAAGUCCAUCAAUGUUGCUAUGAACAGGCGUAUACGGGAGUAUCCGAUGUUAAACCCUCUUGGGUUCCUUCGCCUGAAUCUAUCAGCAAAACCAAUAUUCAUAAAAUGAUGGAAGAAAAAGGAUUCAGUAGUUACCAAGAGUUCUAUGAAUGGUCUGUCAACACGGAAACACGAGAAGAAUUUUGGAACCAAACAGUAGAGAAGCUGGAUAUCCAAUGGGAAGAAAAACCCACUGGUGUCUUUGACUUGACCAAAGGAGGACCGGCUCAUGUGAGCUAUUUCCCUGGUGGCAAACUCAACAUUAGCGAUUCGUGCUUUCACAAGCGAAAACCCACCGAUGCAGCAUUGGUCUAUGCCAUGGAAUCCGAUCCACGGGCCAUCCAAACCAUGACAUUUUCCGUUCUGGAGAGACUCUCCAACCAAAUUGCCCAUGCCAUCCAUGAUCGUCUUCAGUUGACACCUGGUGAUGCCGUCGCCAUUUGCAUGCCCAUGACACCCGAAUCCAUUGCCAUUUACUUGGGAAUUGUCAAGGCCGGUUGUGUCGUGGUUUCCAUUGCAGAUUCCUUUUCGGCCACGGAAAUUGCUACUCGUUGCCGUCUUGGCAAUGCCAAGGCCAUUUUCACACAAGAUGUCAUUUACCGAGGAGCCAAGUUCUUGCCUCUCUUCAACCGUG